AAUCCGAGCUCUUCAGUGCGAUGUGAAAGGUGGAAUCAAAGACUCUAGUGGAAUAUUAAAAAUUUGAAGCAGUCGCGACCAGCGGACGUCAUGAUCAAGUUGUUCGGCACCUCCCGGGCAUAGCUUUAAAUUACGAAAAAAUACGUUUUCGAUAUCCCACGUCGAAAGCAGAGUCGAUAACCCCUUGAAGGAUCGUGUAACCUUAACAUUGGAUUACAUACAUCCAAGUUUUCAUGUCCUGUUGAUCCCGGUGCAGUUUUCAGUCUUGUUUUCGUUCGUGUUGGUUGAAAAUGGGAGUAGCUACUUUAGUUCAUGCGAUUUUUGCUGUGCAUUUUUGGUUCGGAUGCUACUAUGAUUGGUUUCACGUGAGAAUCCCUAAAAAUGAGAGUGAGCAGAUGGGCUUCAGCUUCGGCAACACGGAGAAAUUGAAGUUUUUGACUUUCUGGAAUGCGCUGCUACAAGGAUUAUUCUUCUCGAUAUGUCUACUGAACGAUAUAGUAGGAACUAAUGAGCCAAACCCGAAGAAUACCCCAAUAAUAAGGAAAGUUAAAGAUACGCUCUUCGCUUCCUUGGCUUUCCCGCUUUCGAUGUUUGUAGGCCUGACUUUCUGGGGACUCUACGCCGUAGACAGGGAACUUGUCUUCCCCAAGGUUCUAGACAAGUACUUUCCUGUAUGGCUGAAUCACGUGAUGCACACCAACAUCAUGAUCUUCGUCUUUAUCGAGAUGAUUAUGAAUUUCCGUUCGUAUCCGAAGAGGAAAACUGGCAUUUCCAUACUCGCAGCGUUCAUGGCCUGCUACUUAGUUUGGAUACACAUCAUCCACCAUUAUUCCGGAAUUUGGGUUUAUCCUGUCCUAGAGGUCCUUAAUUUACCCUUGCGAAUAGUAUUUUUCGCAGCGCUGCUAGUCUUGAUAGUAUUUAUGUAUUUGUUAGGGGAAGGACUGAACAAUAUAUUGUGGUCUAACCAAAUCAAAGCAGUUAAAAGCAAUAAGGCGAAGAAGAGACAUUAGACUUGUUAUUGAUCUAGGGUAGCUAUUACGUUGUUAUAAAAAUUUUAAUUUUUCA